AUGAGUACGUCAGCGUCAAAUACGACCAAUCCAUCAAAUUCAACGUCUGAAGUAGAUGAUAUCAAUCUAUUUCAAGCAGCCAGACGGAAUGGUCGACGUAAUGCACUAGCUGAUCUUGGCGAACAACUUUCCCAAGUUAAUACGACAGCGUCGUCGCCUGAAGUUGACAACCUGUCGCCGCACUUUCAAUCAAUGUCACUUAAGCAUUAA